AUAAACAUGAACUAUAGAGGGCGCUGUUCACUGUCAAGACAGGAUCACUGCAAGGGUAGGCGGAGUUGGCAUUUUUGGAGUGGGAAUUGUUACUAAUUGUUAGGGUUCCGGAAGUCUAACCAGACUAUGGCAACAUGAGGAAGAGCCAAUCGUCGAAGAGCCAAUCAUCAGUUACAUCCAAUCACAGCGAUGGGUCAGGUUCAAGGGAAAUCACCGGCCCUCAGUCGUGGCUGUGGGCCGGCAUUAACGCCGUCAUGGCCGUCUUCUUUGCAUUAGCUGCAUUCGUUCAGAUCAAUGAUCCGGAUCCAUAUAUUUGGGUGCCUAUUUACGCAAUUCCCUGUCUACUUUGCUGUUCCAUCGUCUGGUCCCGCGAUUCCAUAGACCACAAGUACUGGCGAGUCACUGCGGCCAUACACAUGUGUUUCGCCGUCUUCGGAAUUGUCCUGCUCACGUUCCAGGUGGGGCAAGUGCACAGGAAGGAAGGGCUCUUCAACCCACUCAGUCUGGAGGAAGGAAGAGAGCUGUUUGGUCUUCUCAUCGCAUUGGGAUGGACUCUAAUGUGCUGGUUCAGUGGCCACAUAAUGACGACUUGUUCGACAGGGAAGCUGACCCUAUUGACUGGGAUAGUGGUGCUACUAGGAAUGAUGCCGCUGGCUCUGUGGGGAACGUGUUACCAAGCAGACUUCGAACACUGCAACGAUAUGCUAUGAAAAAAUAAUAUCUAGAGGUUGGAUCCGGAGAGU